UGUAACGCCAUGGAUGUCACUUGAGGAAACAUAUACAAUGUAUAUGAUUUAACCUGUCUUGGCCUUGUGUAUAAUAGCAACAAGGUAUGAAUAGAUCAGUUCAUUUACGAGCUGUUUUUUCAGCGGAAGUUCACUAUUCUUGGCUAGUACGCAUCCAUUCGUAGGGCUUACACAUUGUUGCUGGCAAAUCGGGAAGACUUCAUCAACUGAGAUCAUAUAUCCCAACGACAUGUUACCUGUCACAACACUGACAACCAUCACUACCAUCGUCAACAAUGGAACCAUGGCAAUACAAACAAUUCCGACAGACGAGAUAUGGAUCGUCAUUGCCGGUUUCGUGAUCGCCUUCGUCCUCGCUUUUGGAAUUGGCGCCAAUGACGUAGCAAAUUCAUUCGCUACAUCAGUUGGCGCGAAAGUCUUAACUCUCCUGCAAGCGUGUAUCCUUGCCUCGGUGUUUGAAACAGUAGGGGGCGUGCUGAUCGGAGCUAAGGUUUCGGACACCAUCAGGAAAGGCAUAAUUGAUGUGACGUUAUUCGCUGGACAGGAGAAGUUGCUACUCGUAGGCAAUGUGGCAGCCCUGGCGGGUGCCUGUGUUUGGCUGUUAAUUGCGACCAUUUUCAAGAUGCCUGUGUCUGGUACUCAUAGUAUCGUAGGGGCAAGCUUGGGCUACGCGCUAGUUGCGUUCAGUGGUCGGGGAAUCCGAUGGAUACAGCUCCUAUUGAUAGUGUCCUCAUGGUUCAUAUCUCCUCUCCUCGCUGGGGGCGCCUCGGUGCUUAUAUUCGCUGUCAUAAGAAGAUUCAUCCUGGAUAAAGAUGAGCCCCUGGAUCCGGGGUUGUUGUUCCUCCCCUUCAUCUACGCGCUGACCGUUAUGAUCAAUGUGUUCUCCAUAUUCCAGAGUGGAACACCGACUUUAGGGUUCGACAAUAUUCCGCUGUGGGGCAGUGUGGUGCUGACUGUCGGUGCGGGGCUGAUUGUUGGUGUUCUGGUCAGGUGUGUGGUUGUACCGAGGAUGCGGGUGAAAGUUUUAGAAGAAUGCGACACUGACGUCACACUCCGGAAAUGCGAAACAAAGUCAAAAGAGGACACUGCGGCGGUCUCGCAUAUGAGGACGACAUCGGGGGCAGUCGAGGUGGCCGUGUUGGUUCCCAAAGAGACGAGGAAAUACUCCAGGGCUCACAGCAUCAUUGGAGUUGAUCCCGGUGAUCACGUGUUACGUCAGCUACAACAGCCGAAACAAAAGAGCAUCAUUGGAGUUGAUCCCGGUGAUCACGUGUUACGUCAGCUACAACAGCCGAAACAAAAGAGCAUCAUUGGAGUUGAUCCCGGUGAUCACGUGUUACGUCAGCUACAACAGCCGAAACAAAAGAGCAAAGGUUAUGGGACCAUAAGUACCGAGAAGAAAGAUCCAGAAAAGCAAUCAGAGAGACGAACUGCUAACAUCCAGGACAGGGUGGAAACAAAAACACUAUUUACAAGUCUUCAGAUUCUCACUGCCAUAUUUGGAUCAUUUGCGCAUGGCGGAAAUGACGUGAGCAACGCCAUUGGUCCUUUGGUUGGGAUUUGGCUGGUCAGCACGGAGGGGUCCGUCCUUCAAGAGUCGAGCACACCUCUUUGGCUGCUGGCGUUCGGGGGCGUGGGCAUCUGCGCUGGGCUGUGGGUGCUGGGAAGCAGGGUCAUUGAGACGCUCGGAGAGGACCUUACUAAGGUCACACCGUCCAGUGGUUUCUGCAUCGAGACCGGCACAGCUUUGACAGUCCUGAUCGCCUCUAAUAUCGGUAUCCCCAUCAGUACCACACACUGCAAGGUCGGCUCUGUCGUCUGCACAGGGAGAUUCAGGUCGAAGGAAAAUGUGGACUGGACGGUGUUUCGAAAUAUCGUGUUGGCGUGGAUUGUGACUUUGCCGGUUUCUGGUCUCAUCUCGGCGGCCAUCUUUGCCGGAUUAAGAGAACUUGUGUGAUAAUACAUUGCAUUAUUUGGUUUCAUUUUACAUUGACUCUUACCAAGUCAGUCGCAGGUCUGAAAUGGACAUACAGUCUCCUCCUCAGUACAGGCACCUGACUUGUGGCCGAUCGCCCACACGGUGAUGUCGUCUGGCAUCCUAAUUUUCCAGUGAGCCACUAAAAUGAUCGAAAGAGGUCACUCAUAUCAAGCAGAGUUCCAUAAGUCAGACUGAUUAUCCGAGCCGUCCGAGGAACUGCACUUAAAUUUGUUUUGUUGUUGAUGAUUGGUGAAUCGCUUUUCACGUGACUGUCUUAUAAAUACUCAUGACGCUUGGGAGCUGGGGCACACCGAUAUUUUUACCCAAU